AUGUCAGGAAUUGGCCCAGGUGACAAGGGCAUUCCAUUCGGACACGUCCGCAAGGAUUUCGGUUCUUGCGUCAGGGCAGUUGCAGAGUCCGAGCCGAAUGUCAAUCUAUUUGCUGUUGAAGAGUAUAUACAAUGGUCAGACUAUCUCCGAAUCUUCUGUGAAACUCAAGGUUUCAAGUAUGGUGGCUAUGACGAGCUUUCCUGCGAUCGAUUCUGCAAGUUGCUCCCUGGAGGUCUUGGUCACGAAUUUGCUCAGAAAGUUUUAUUCGCACAUGAGUUUGGGUACGAAGGUGCUGAUUCUGCUGUUGUGCGACCAAACAAGGUAUGUUAUAUCCUAUUCGAUCUUGUUUCUAGUUAA